CUCUCUUCGCUCCACUGCAGAGACUCGGAAGAAAGAAGAACAAAAAAAAAAAAAAAAAAUCAAAUCUUUCUCCUCUCCCUCUCUUAAGCAGACUCUCUCUCUCAAACCCUUUUGUUGCUUAACGUUACGAGGGGAAGAAAGACGAAGUUUUAAUGUCCAUGGAGAAAAAACAAGGAUUCUUCUCUGCUCUCAGAGGUCUCUCUCCGUCGCGUUCAAGGACAAGGUCUCGCUCCGUGAGCCCCGCUCGUUCCACCUCCUCCCCCAUCAAAGCUCUCUCCUGGGGGAGAAAGAACUUCACUCACGGCGCGGGGUACUGUGUAACCCAACCGGAGCUUUUAAUCGAGAGAUCCGGAAGCUUGAGACCCGUCAUGGAAGGACCCGAUCCAGACGAAGAAGCAGGAGGAGUAGAGAGUGUUGGUGAUUCGAAACGCCUCGGGUCGGGUCUUGGAAACUGGGUCAAAGGACAGCUCUCUCGCGCUCCUUCUGUUGCCGCCACCGCUGCUUACCGGAGAAACGACCUGAGGCUUCUUUUGGGUGUCAUGGGAGCUCCGUUAGCUCCCAUUCACGUCUCCUCCUCUGACCCUUUGCCUCACCUCAGCAUCAAAAACACACCAAUCGAGACAUCAUCUGCUCAGUACAUACUUCAACAGUACACUGCAGCUUCCGGUGGACAGAAGCUUCAAAACUCUAUUAAAAACGCUUACGCUAUGGGGAAGUUAAAGAUGAUCACUUCCGAGAUUCAGACCGCGACGAGAACCGUAAGGAACCGGAACCCGUCUAAAGCUGAGAGUGGAGGUUUUGUUCUCUGGCAGAUGAAUCCAGACAUGUGGUACGUUGAGCUUGCUGUUGGUGGUAAUAAAGUUCGUGCUGGUUGUAAUGGGAAGCUUGUCUGGAGACACACUCCUUGGCUUGGUUCUCAUACCGCUAAAGGACCUGUUAGACCUCUCCGACGUGGACUUCAGGGACUUGAUCCGAGAACUACUGCUGCUAUGUUUGCGGAGGCGAAGUGUAUAGGAGAGAAGAAUGUGAACGGUGAAGAUUGCUUUAUUCUGAAGCUUUGUACUGACCCUGAGACCUUGAAGGCGAGGAGUGAAGGACCAGCUGAGAUCAUAAGACAUGUUCUCUCUGGCUACUUUAGUCAGAAGACAGGUCUCUUGGUUCAUAUAGAGGAUUCACAUCUGACUAGGAUCCAAUCCAACGGUGGAGAUACUGUUUUCUGGGAGACUACUUACAACUCUUCGUUAGAUGAUUACCGCCAGGUGGAAGGGAUCAUGAUAGCUCAUUCGGGACAUUCGGUUGUGACCCUUUUUAGGUUUGGUGAAGUUGCGAUGAGUCACACGAGGACGAAGAUGGAAGAGAGCUGGACUAUUGAGGAAGUUGCGUUUAAUGUUCCUGGUUUGUCUCUUGAUUGUUUUAUCCCACCAGCUGAUCUCAAGACCGGUUCUGUGACUGACUCUUGCGAGUAUGGACAUGAGGAAAGAGGGAAGAGUAACAACUCGGUGGUGUUGUCUGCAGCUCAUAGGGCUAAAGUUGCAGCCUUGGAGAACUGAUGUCUAACGGUUAAAGAGAGAGAGAGAUUAUGACUAAGACAACUCUUCAAGGUAGCAUUAGCCAAUGGAAGAAGAUCAGAUCUUGCAAUGUGUUUAUAUCUCAAGCUAACCCUUUUUUAGCAGCUUCAUGGGAUUAGGAAUCAGGUUUGUUAGCAUAACUGAAGAUUCACCGGUUCAAAUAGAAUCAUAAUGGAUCUUCUUUUUUUUUACUCUAAUCUAUAUGGGAUGGAGUUUUGGUUUGGUUUACUUUAUGUUUUCAGUUUUCUUUAAUUCUCACCUUCAAUGUUUUUGAGUAAGGUGAAGGCAAGAGAAGGAGAAUUGCCUGCUGCUUUUACUUUUCUAUAAUUAAAUGUUUGUGUUAAAAUCAAUCAUGUUUAACUAUGAAUCUUGAUAUUUGUUCCUCUUUCUUUUUCAAUCUAUAUGGACUAUAUGUUUGGUGUCUUG